GAGGCUGACGCAAGAAAUUAUAAGUAAUGACAUCAUCUUCUUCCGUACCAGCGAAGGCUGCAAAAUGCCGAUCCAUAGAAUCCACAGAGGGAAGCCGAGACACAGAUCUCCAGUCCUCCUUCUCAUAUCCACCGUCGUAGCCAUAGCUCUUCUGUACCUUUACUAUUCCCUGUUCUCCACCAAUGGCAUCUUAAUUUCCAAUCCCCGGAGAAUGCGGGACCUCAUAGUCGUGCAUUCCAGGAACCCCCCGCGCAAUGCACCCGACAAGUACCUCUUUUGGGGCACCAGAAUUGAUUGUCCCGGAAAGCACCGUGACACCUGUGCUGGCCUCGGCCAUCAAGAGUCCAGCCUCCGCUGUGCCCUCGAAGAAGCCUUGUUUCUGCAGAGGACAUUCGUGAUGCCUUCAAGGAUGUGUAUCAAUCCAAUGCACAAUCAGAAAGGGAAUUUUGAUCUGUCAGGGAAUUCAAGAUCAGUGGGAGGGUGGACAGGUAGCUCCUGUGCUAUGGAUUCCCUGUAUGAUCUAGACCGCAUAUCAGACACGGUAUCAGUAAUUUUAGAGAACUCAAAAAUGUGGCAUCGGGCUCUCUCCAAGAGCAUGAAAUUAGGUUCCAGAGGAGUUGCACAUGUUCAAGGAAUCAGCCGGACUGAACUCAGAGAUAAUAGUUCAUAUUCAAAUAUUUUACUGAUAAAUCGAACGGCAAGUCCCCUUUCAUGGUUCAUGGAGUGUAAGGAUCGGAAAAAUCGUAGUGCUGUCUUGUUGCCUUAUUCUUUCCUUCCUUCAAUGGGCACAAAGAAACUACAAGAUGCAGUAGAAAAGAUCAGAGCACUCCUUGGUGACUAUGAUGCUAUUCAUGUGCGCCGAGGUGAUAAGAUCAGGACUAGGAAGGAUAGGUUUGGGGUUGAACGAAGCUUAAAUCCUCAUUUGGAUAGAGAUACACAACCAGAGUUCAUUCUUUGCAGAAUUGCUAAAUGGGUCCCUCCUGGGCGGACUCUUUACAUUGCUUCUAAUGAGAAAACACCAGGCUUCUUUUCACCCCUGGCCGUGAGGUACAAGCUGGCGUAUUCAUCAAAUUUCAGCAGCAUUUUGGAUCCAGUGAUCGAGAACAAUUAUCAGCUGUUCAUGGUGGAAAGACUCAUCGUGAUGAGAGCAAAAACAUUCAUAAAAACAUUCAAAGAAGAUCCUACAGAUCUGAGUCUUACAGACGACCCGAAAAAGAACACUAAAAUAUGGGGAAAACCCAUUUAUAUGAUGGAUGGUAAUAAGGAUUGCUAAUAAGCUAAGAGAGAUGAUGAAUGUUGAGAUCAAUCUAUGUCUCCUCCCUUCCAUAGCUCAAAUUUGCAAGUCAGUAUUCCAUGGCUUAUGUCUAAACUGUGUUCUGACAUGAGAGAGUAAAGCUGACAAAGAUGAAAUAUGUAUAGUUUUUAGGUGUAGAUUCAAAAUGUAUUAGAUGCUUGUGAUUUUUAUUCUUGUACAUGCACUCAUUCAUCUACUCUGGGUAAGCAAUUUAAUUAAUAAUUAAUAAAAAAUGAGAAUAAGUCUU